CAUUCACGGACGGGAACGCUCAAGAAUAGAGAUUACGUCAAGCUGGUGUUACACACCAGGUGGGUUUUUCCGGAAAGUUCUCGCAAAUUUAAUGAUUCAUUGAAAUAUCUUGAGCGAGGAGUGCAAGACCUUCCAUGAAUAGUGCUUUGCUGUAAGAAAAAUAAGUAAUUCUUGUGUUUUUUGGCCGUUUUCGAACAGCCUAGCCGCUACAACGAGCAAUACAAUCCAACACAACAGCCGUCGUUUCUGCGUGUAUUCAUACCCGGCCUACUGACCCUAGCCGAAAUUCGAAGGCAAAGUCUGCCUUGAAUCUGUUACUGUGUUAGUACCGAUAGGCCUUGUGCCCUUCAACGAGGUUCUGAUCCAUCAUGUUGGACGUAACAGUGAAAACCUUGGACUCGAAGACCAGACAAUUCUCAGUUCCUGAACAGAUCACAGUGAAGGAAUUCAAAGAAAGGAUUGCAGGUUCUGUGAACAUCCCGGCGGGCACCCAGCGCCUGAUCUUCUGCGGGCGUGUCCUCCAGGAUUCCAAGAAGCUCUCGGAGUACGAUGUCAACGGGCGGACCAUCCACCUGGUGGAGAAGCCACCUCCUUCCACGACGUCCACUGGCUCCAGCACAUCGUCAUCAACAACCAGAUCACAGCCAGGAGGCAGUGGAGGUGAAGGCAGAGACAGCUUCUUCAUGGGUGCAAUCACCGUGCAGGCCGAUGUCGCUGACUCAGGGAAUGUCCAGCCCAACGGUUCCCACAUGGACGUUCAUAUCAACUUGGGCCCCAUCAACGUAGCCCCGCCUGUCAGCGCCUCCCAGCAACGCAUCAACCAGAUCCAGAUUCUCCUGCGGCAGGUCAACGUGACCCUGGACCGGCUGGAGAAUCCCAUGCAGCAGCAAAGCACUCAGACGGAGCCCGCUUCUGCCGCUAGUGGGAGCACCCCUACUAGCAGUGCUGCACCAGCCAGUGGCAGCCCUCCGACCACCAUCGGUGCCAGCACUCCAACCAAUCAACAGGGUUCAGCCACCGACAGCCAGACUAGAGAUAAUCAGGGGAGGAGGAUCAUGACAGUGUCACACCCCCGAGGCACCGUAAUGGCGGACAUUUUGACUGAGAUGGCCCGGGUAGUUGACCGUCUGCAGCCCCAUCUGGACCAGUACCGGGAACUGCUGAGCGGGGAUCAGAUCUUUGAAGGAGAUAAUGAGCGUCAGUCAGCCCAUCGUCUGCAGACCCUAGUCAACCAAGCCCUGCACUACAUCAGCCACAUCUACCAUGCCGUCUCGGACUGUAUGAUGGACCUCCACACCGCUCCGCCCCGUGUGCUCCGAGCCCCGGCAGGCAUGAUGGUGGCCCCCAUCCGGCCCCCCGGUCCAAUGCCGGUGCACGUGAACAUCAGUCAAGGUGCUCAGGGCUCAGCCCCUUCUGCUCAAGAACAAGCUCCGCCCCAAUCUGCCCGAGCCACCACUUCGGCAUCCAACCAGCAGCAGCAGCAGCAGCAGCAGCCGACGCCUGCGAGCAGCGACUCCAGCCGGCGGGCCUCGACCCGGUCCAGCGCCACCAGCUUCACCCAGACCCAGCCCCGCGAGCAGCAAGGCGCGCCCGUGCUGACCAACGCCUCGGUCACCCUGACCAACCAGCAGACCUUCGUCCUCACGCCCCGGGCCGGUGGCCCGGGCUACAUGGCCAUGCCGGUCUCGUCAGCGUCCGGUCAGCCGGCGGGCACCGGCAGCCGCAGCACCACGCAGCAGGGGACCGGCGCUGCUCAGACGGAGAGAAGGCAAGCAGGGAAUCAUGGUGGCCAGUCACAAGGACCUCAGGUUCACAUCCACCAGGUGGGGCUGAGCCCAGGCAGCAUACCCCCGGCCGGACUGCUGCAGGUCAUGGCUCAGAUGGUGGGCCAGCAACAGAUGCAGCAGAUGGCCCAGUUCCCUGCAAAUCACGCCGGACCGACCAACACCUCGUCUACCCCGACGACGUCUUCCCCGCGGGCCCAGCAGAACCCCCAGUCCACCCCUUCCCCCCAGUCCCAGAGCCAGUCCCGGCAGGGGCCGCCCCCCAUGGCCUUCUUCAACCCGCUGCAGUCCCGCCCCACCUGGGACCCCCUCUUGCCCUGCAAUUCUCGCCAUGUCGCCACUUAUGCCAUGCCCGUCGGCCCCUCCGGCAGGGGAAGGGCAGGCGCUGCCACCCGGCAGGAUGCGGGAACGGGCACAGCAGGGCCGGGAGAGAAUGCCGCCGAUAGAAAUCCAAGGGGUGACCCACAAGGAGACGCAGCCCAUAGUGAUGGAAUACCUCAGCCGAUGGCAGCAGAUGGCGAAUUGGCUGGUUUAUCUGACGUGAUAGGGGGACUUGUUGGUGCCCUGCUCAACCAACCACAGCAGCCCUUUGUGCAGGUUGUCCAUGGAUCUCAGCAAGCCACUCAGCAAGCACGCAACGCAGCUGCACAGCAGUCAAGCAGCCGGCCGGCGUCCGGGGGGACACCGUCCAGAGACCCUGCCGAGCAAGGGGGGCGAAGCGGGGAACCGUUGACAGACCAGAUGCUGAUGAACAUGGUGCUGCGAAUGUCGCAGGAGAUCGGGGCAGUGGGUACCGGGCAGCGUGGCAGCCAGUCCCUGAGGCAGUUCCUGGUGGGGAUGGGAAUGACCCUGGAUCCCAGUGAAGGCUUCAUCGGGGACGUUUUUGACCUGGUGACUCAGCAGCUGGGGAUGGCCGACUUUGCCGCCAUGUUCCUGGGCCAGCCGGCUCCGCUGGACCGCCUCCGGCCGAGCCUGGAGCAGUUUGUCAACCAGCGCAUCAUGAGAGGCGAGCCCAUGACCCCGGACAACAUCCAGGUGGCAGUUGGAAGAAUAAUGGAUGAACUCCAGCCGUCAGUGUCAGAGUUCAUGGAAGGUGCCCAGACAGUUCAAAACAUUGACGCCGUUGCAACCCACAUGAGAUUCCUGCGCAGCGUGCUGGAGCAGUUUGUACAUCUGUUCACGGCGUCGUCGGACGUGGGAUCGUUUGGGGUACAGAUGAGGUCGCUAGGGCAGAACUGUCUACACCAGUGGGUGGCCUUGAUGCUGCACAUCUUUGGUGAUCGGUCAAGCGCGGAUCGCUUUCUGUCUGAACGCUUGCGUACGUGGUUCGGCGGCCUGGACUCUGCCUCCAGCAACCUCGUGUUGUCCAUGUCCAUGCAGAACUUUGACCUGGCCCACCGCCUGCUGACGGUGACCCCCGACCAGGUGGCGCACUUUGUCGUGAAGAAACAGCCAGCGUCAGACUCAGGUCCAUCAGAUUGCAGUGCUGCUGAGCCGUCACCAACAUCUGCGACUGCUGGCGCUCCCAUUGACACAGAACAGAGACCUGACCAACUACAAGACAGCUUAGAAAAUGAUCAGGUGAUCAUUGAGGCACAGAUUGUUGUUGAAGAGCCAAUGGACACUGUUGUGGCCCCCGAACUAGCACAGGGGGAGGCUGCUGCCCCGGCAGAUAGGAGUUGCAUGGAAGGGGCCACCCCAACGAGCACCGAAGCAGCGGCGACUCCAGUCCCUGCAGCCACACAUGCCGAAGAUGGCGCCGUUGCCAUGGAAACUGCCGGAUGGGAGGCUACAGUUCCCGCUGAGUGGGUACCGGUCAUCAACCAGGACAUCAGCCGACAACGUCGGCAAGCCCCGCAGGGAGGCCUGAGCGAUGCGUAUCUUGCUGGCAUGCCUCCCAAGAGAAUGAAGCUCACCCAGGACCGCAAGGCCCCCAUCAACAACGGCGUGGAGACUUUCGUCCCCGACACCCUCCGCCGUGCCAUCCAAGGUGCCGGGGUCCAGCCCCUGACCAGCGUGCAGUCCCUGGUGCAGGAUGCCGAGGGCAGCUCCUCACUCCACGAGGCCUGCGAGGAGCAGAUCCGGAGUGCCGUGCAGGAGAGGCUACGCCGGGACCCGGACUACGACCCGCAGCGGUUCCCUAACACAGACAAGUAUAUCCACAAGAAAAAGUAAACUCUGAAAUGCCGGGUAUGCCACCCAGUGUAAGAAUCUUUUUUCAUCUACUUAGCCGCGGCAUCUUUGAUUUUUCUAAAACAUGUUUGGCAAGUUUUGCAGAAUUAUGCAGUUGAUAGGUAUGUGUUGGUGAAGAAUAAGCACUUGACCUUGUUACGCUUCCAGACAAGAAGAAAAUGUGGAAAAUUCCCUGAGGAAAUUGACUUUUCCAGAAUGGAUUUACUGCGAAAUUUUUGACUUGUGUCGGGAAGUAGCCGAGUUGCUUGUGAGUGUUGCUGAAUUUCUCUUGGAAGUGGUAGACCUUUUUAGGGAAGUUGUAGACUUUCUUUGGGAAGUUAUAGACUAUCCGUAGAAAGUUGUAGACUUUACGUGGGAAGUUUAAGACUUUUUAUGGGAAGUUUUAGACUUUCUGUGGAAAGUUGCUGACUGGCUGUGGGAUUUUUCUGCCAUUAUAUAGGAUUGUUUUGAUGGUGACGACUCACUGAAGUGGAAAAGAAGUUGCUGAUACUGCAAUUUAGGGACAUGUUUAUGCCCAAACAGCUUUGAUGAUGAAAAAAAACAACGAUUUGAUACAGAAAUUCACCGUGCACAGCAAAAAAACCCAAUCAUUUAAUAAUGCAAUGGUAAAGUAGCAGAUUUUUUCCACUAAUACAUUGCUACUAUGUAGCAGCAUUGUGUGGAAAUAUAUCUGUGCAAAUGCCGUCUUGCAAUUAGUUGUACCGGAAGUACGGUUUUGACCCAAACCUGCCAUGGUUUGCGUAGCAGGUUAUCAUUUGAACGUCUGCAGAGUGAUUGCGUCAUUUUGCCAGAAUUUGAUUUUUUUUAUCCGCCGAAGCAUAGCCUGACGGCAGACAAACCUACUUUCCUGUGUUGGAUAUAAAUGUAGUGCUCAGUGCAUAGGCAGGCAUCUUGUGCGUACUUCCACUCCUUCAAAAGACAAAUACAGUCAGGAAAUGACACAGUGUAUGAUAUUUAACUUGGCAAGGUAAGGAUUUCCAAUUUUUUUUAAAUCUUUGGAAGCCUUAACUGAAUACAUUGCAAAAUUAAUGGUGUUAAUUUAAAUGUUAUUGCUUUAAUAUUGUUUUUAGCUUCGUUAUACAUGUGCAUGUCAGUAAUUAGAAGUUUACAAACAGUGUCAUGCUGGUUACCACUCGUUUGUCCGUGACACAUUUUUAAAGCAUUUUUUCAUUCAUAUUCUUUGCAUGUAUUUAAACCUGUUUUCCUGAAUUGAUGACUUUUACCAUUGUGUUACAAAUUAUUAUCAUUUUUUUUCUCACCAACUGUGAGGACCCUCCCGUUAAAGGGUAAACAACCCAUGCAGAUACUUACUUUACAGGUGAUAAGAAUUUUGGUAUUGAGUUCGGGUUUAUUUUGAUUUGAGCAAUUUAAUGUAACCUGCAAUUGUGAGCCUAAACUCAAGAGGUUACCCUCUGAGUCAGCUUUAAUUAUCAUUAUUAUUAAGGUUCAUUUCAAAAUUAGACACCAAAUCAUACGAUACCCAUGUGUCAAAAGAAUGCUGUUUUUCUAGUUCAUCCAUCCUAAUAGUCCUCAAAUCCUCGAACAAAUUAAGGAUUGCGGACGUUUACGGUUAAUGGUCUUGUUGCUUGAUUAGGCUUGUUAUGUUACUAACACACGGCCCUUUUAUGGAGCUGCAUGGAAUAAAACAUAAUUCCAAGCAUUUAAAAGCUACCAGCUGCAAAUGAUACUCGGAGAUACGUGUAGUUCCUCUAAGUUUGAGGCCAAUUCGUGCUAAGCUGAAAUAUUCUGAGUAAUGAUGUCUCUUAUUAUUCGCAGCUCCAUGACAUAGGGCCCAUUUUCUUAUGCUAUCAAGCCAUCGCUUAGCAUCACUCGGGCAUGACAUUCUUCCUGUUUUAAUAGAAUUUCAGAUUUUCCCCCCUUUCAUUUCCUGCAUUUGCAACAUUCUGUACGGUAGCCGUCAGAACUUGUGAACCUGCAGGGAACUUUUAUUCCAAGUUUUUUCUUCAGGGUCAAAUAUCACCCCGAGUAUUGUUUAAUCGAACCUUGACAUUGGAGGUUAACGGGGUGCAUUGAGCAGUGUGAUACAUAUCCUAAAUAUUGGCAAUUCUUGUUAGCUUUUUGUGUUGAAGGUAUGCAGGAAAUGGCCCAUUAUUACACCAAUGAACGUGCCCGUAUCUCCAUACCGAACACCAAUGUACAAUACGGCCGUUUCACAAUAGCGCGCCACCGAGAGUUUGCAACGCGUCGGCCAAUCACAAUGCGCGGAAUCUGUC